AUGAAAUUAAGGACUAAACGAAAAUCAAUCUUUACAAGAAUAUUUUUAGUUUUACGUGAUUAUUGUCUAAAUUCAUCAUUUCAUGGCUUGAAAUUUUUAGCUGAAAAAGAUCGUCAUUGGAUUGAAAGAUUAUACUGGAUAAUAUGUAUAGCAUUAUCAUGGUACGCUUGUGGAAAAUUAAUGCAAGCCUCUUAUGAAGCAUAUAAAAACGACCCUAUUAGCUUUGGAGCUGAAACAAAUUAUAUUCAUUGGGAUACUAAAUUCCCUACAAUUGCUGUAUGUGAAACUAAAAAUGAAGAUCGUAUUGCGGAUUUUACUGACAAUUUAUACGGUGAAGUUCAUGAUUACAAUUUGGAUGAAGUUAUUAAAGAAAUUGUAUGGUUCACAGGAUCAUCAUAUUAUACAAUACAACUAUGUACAGGGGAAACCCCCCAUCCAGAUUGUCCAAAAAGUAAUUUCACGUUUUAUGUCGAUCAGAUAAUGAGUAAAUGCACGGAUGUAUUUGAGACAUGUAGAUGGAAUGACGAUGAAUUUGAAUGCUGUGAUUAUUUUUUAAAAAUCGAUACAGAACUUGGUGCAUGCUACGCAAUAAAUACAAUUCAAUCACGAACAUCAAAUCCAAAGAAAUAUCCAUUAAUAUCAAAUCGAAUUCAAGGACCAGGUACACUCAAAAUUGAGAUUAAAACUCGAGCUAAUAUAUUUAUGUUAAACGAAGAAGAAGUACCAACAUUAAGUACACUUCAAAUGGCAUAUUUUGAAAUAUUACCUAAUGAACAUAUUCGCCGAUAUAUUGCUGUUCAAGAAAUUGAGAAUGAAAAAGCUGUGAAAGAUGUUGCUAUUGAAAAUAGAAAAUGUCGUUACACUGAUGAAAAUUAUUUGGAUGUUUAUGAAUAUUACAGUUACAGUGCAUGCCUUGUUCAAUGUCGUAAAGAUGCCCAUUUUAAAACAUGUAAUUGUACUCAUCAUUUAAUGCCAAAUACAGAUACGUCAAAGCAGUGUAAUAUUUCGGGUAUUGAAUGCUUAAACAACAAUUUCAAUCAUUUGACUGUAGUCAAAGCGCAUUGGUCAAAACGUGCAGGUUUAGUCUGUGAUUGUUUGCCAAGUUGUACAGAAACUGAAUUGUAUGUUGUUAAAGAUGAAAAAUUUAGCUCCAAUGAAAAUUCAGUUGUUGAAUUUUCACUAGCAAAAUUACCAACUGAAAGAUAUAAACGUCGUGUUGUACGUGGAAGACUCGAUUUAGUUGUAUCAAUGGGUGGUACAGCAGCGUUAUUUGUUGGUGCAAGUAUUUUAAGUUUUAUUGAAUUGAUUUAUUACAUAACAAUAAGAUUAAUUGAAUUUAAAGGCAAACGUUAUUGA